AGAGAGAGAGAGAGAAGAGAGAGAGAGAGAGACGCUGGAGGGGAACUCGUGUCGGGGGGGUAGUGAGGGUUUUAAUUGGGUCAGCUGAUGAAACUGAGGUGACGUAAACCGCUGACGAGCUUUGUUGUCUCGAUGGCGAUCUUCGAGGCCACGGCGGUAAAGUGCUGCCAUGGCAACUAGGUGCUCCAUUCUGCCUCUCAGCGCCGACACCAGUUUGUAUCCUUAGCCAAGAACAUUGACUCCCCUCACUGUGAUCCAUCAGCUCCUGUCUCCCACCUACCGGUCUGACUCAGUUUGACUUGAAGUGGUGCUCCUCUCUCUCUCUCUCUCUCUGUGUGGUGCAGUCUCCUCUCUCGUGGAGCCGUGCGUCAUCUCGUAGGCAGGUGAGCUGGAUGCUCCUGAAUGCUGAAUGAGAGCAUCGAGGCCGGCAGCCGAGAGAACACCAGUUAGUUGUUUUUGUUCUCGUAACACAGCGACGUGGGUCUGUUGAGACUGGAGAUGAACUCUGGGUGGUGAAACGGGGAAUACAGUGAAGAGGCACCCCCCCCCCAGAGAGAGGAUGAAUGAUGCCAGUCACACGCUGAAUCAUACACUCACAGUGUCUCUCUAUCUUCAGCUGCUCACACACACACACAUCACUGUGCUGCAUGUAACCGGAGCUAGAAGCUGACACGUGCACAGACUGAAGAGAGAAGAAAGUUGAUGCAUCAAAUGUGUGCAUUGUGUGUGUGGGAAUAUGUAACAGAGUUUUCCUGCACACAUCGCAAAUUCAAUCCUCACAUGCACACGUAGCUCUAGCAGAUCUUCAUCCUGUGCACGCUCUAGCAGCGUAGAGAGUUUCCUCCUGCAGAGAGUCGGGGAUGAGGGGUCCAUCUCUGUGCUGAUGAGUUGAGUUCUGCAACCCUUGGAAGGGUUUCCCCUCUGUGCUGCAGAACGUCCUCGCUGACAACAACAGAUGAGCUUUUCUCUUUUCAGACAAGGUGAGGGCUUUGAGCAGAUCCCCAUCCGACGUUCGUUCAAGUCCAAGGUGCUGGUGCACUACCCUGAGAGCACCGACAGGAACCCCUUCAAUAAAGAUGCCGUCAACAUGCUCUGCAUGCCGAGGGGUCUCUCCUUCCGCACGCAGGCCGACAGGCUCGAUCCUCAGUUUCACUCGUUCACCAUGUCUUUUGACGACGGGACGCGUUCCUACGGCUUCGUCCACACCUUCUACGAGGAGGUGACCGGUGCUCAGAUCAUCACCGCCAUGCAGACUCUCUACCAGAUGCACCACGUGGAGCACCAUUCAGCUUCAUCUGCCUCCACUCCCUCCUCCUCCACCUCUUCGUCCGCCUCCUCGCCCUCCACCUCCAGCAUGGACUCGCUCGUGAGCAGCUUGGACGAGUCGGACGCCGAGUCUCUGGCCGGGGUUCCCGCCUGCCUUGGCUGCGCGGGCUCCUUCGAUCCGGCGCGGGACACCCUGUACGUGUCCAAAGCCCUCUGCCUCCUCACGCCGCUGCCCUUCCUGCAAGCUGCUCGAGAGUUCCUGUCUCAGCUGCACCAGGCGGUGACGUCCCACACGGCCCCGCCCCUCCCGAUAGAGAGCUACAUCCAUAACAUCCUGUACGAGGUGCCCCUGCCUCCUCCGGGCAGGUCGCUGAGGUUCCACGGGGUGCAGGGGCCCAUCGUGUGCCAGCGGCCCGGGCCGGGUGAGCUCCCGCUGGGGGAGUAUCCUCUCGGAGAGGCCUUCUCGCUGCUGGGUGUGGACAACAUGGUGCAACUCAUUACCUGUGCACUUCUGGAGACACAAGUCCUACUCUGCUCUCAAGACUACCAGCGUCUGAUGACGGUGGCGGAGGGCGUCACCACCUUGCUAUUCCCGUUCCAGUGGCAACACAUCUACCUGCCCAUCGUUUCAGCGCCGCUCCAUCACCUCCUGGAUGCUCCGGUGCCGUUCCUGUUGGGUAUCCAGCGCAGAGACGGAGCUCAGCGGUCCUCCCUCCACCUGCCACACGAGGCCAACCUGUGCUUUGUGGACAUUGACAACCGCUGUGUCGAGGCCCCCGAGGACCUCCCGGUGUUUCCAGACCAGACCGAGCUGGUCCAGGAGCUGAGUGAGGUGCUGCUGCGUUUCGGGCUCCCUCCGCAGGGCGGCGCGAUCACCGAGCCCGCCGCCGCCUCGCCUCGUCUGAGCAGCCUGGUGCUGGAGGAUCUGAUGGAGGACAGAAGGAACGGGAACCUCGGAGGCGAGGAGCUGGCGGUGCUGGAGAGGCUGCAGGCUCUGGCGCGGAGGUGCGGAGGAGAAAAGAUGUCGGAUGGAGAGAAGACACUGGGACACGUGUUUGAGGAGGAGGAGGAAGAGCUGAAAGCUGCCAAGCUGAACAUUCAGCUGAGGGAGGUGUUCGCUGGACGUUUUACUGCCAUGUUUGGAAAGUAUGAGGAGUUUGUCAUCCACAGCGCUCUGGAUCUGGACUCCUGGUUGAGCAACCGGGAGGGGACGUUCAGCUUUGACAAGGGUUCCUUCCUCUCCGUUCAGCCGACGACCCAUUUGCACUUCCUGUCCCGUUUCCUGGAGACAUCCAUGUUUUCUUCCUUCGUGGAUGGGAAGGUGAUAUCUCGCUGGGCGGACAGAGAACCGAUGCAGCAGCUGUUUGACAGCCGUCUGGAGAGAGAACGCCUCUACGUCACGGACGAAGAGGACUCCCGGACCUGUCGCUACAGGAAGUGCACCACAGUCUUUGAGUCAGCUCAGGUCAUUGAGCGCAGACUGCUGAAGGCCGACCACACAGCCAUACACCCCCACCUGCUGGACAUGAGGAUCGGCCAGGGGCGGCACCAGCCGGGCUACUUCCCUAAGCUGCAGGCUGAUGUGCUCACACAGGGACAGAACACCAACAAGUGGUCCGGACGGGUUACGGCAUCACGCAGGGCUGACCUGAAGAGAUCAACGGUGACGGAACACUCAGGAGUCGACAACGAACAGAGACAGAAGCACACGUUUGCGAGGAAGAACCUUCGCCAGUCGAAGCUACUCGACUCGUCGCCUCGAGCUGUCAGUCAGACUCACCGAGAGUUUGUGGACGGGCUGCUGAGCGAGUGUCGUCUGAAGACCAAACGGAUGCUGAUGGAGCGGAUGGGGAAGGAGAGCGUGGAACUGGGUCAGGGAGAAGCCAACAUCACGGGUCUGCAGGAGAACACGCUGAUCCACGGUCUGUGUGACCUACUGGAGAGAACCUGGGGCCACGGCCUGCAGCUCAAACAGGGGAAGUCCGCUCUCUGGUCCCAUCUGCUUCACUACCAGGCGGCCGGAGGGAAGACGGAGACACCAGCUGAGUCUCCAGGGUCUAACGGUUCGGACCAGAGAACGUGUGAUGACGGCGCUCUGCUCCAGAGAGGAUCCUUAAUACAGGAUAUGAGGUUUAUCCAGACCAUGAGUGAGGGUCUGUCUGAGGUGGGUCAGGCCCGGGCCUGGAUCCAUUUGGCUCUGGAGAAGAAGAUGCUGUCCCAGCACCUUAAAGAGCUGCUCACUAACCAAGAGCUGCUCAGGCAGCUGUAUAAACCUCACGCUUUCCUGCUCUGUGAGGAAGAAAGGGAGCAGUUCCUGUUCCACCUGCUCUCUCUCAACACGGUGGACUACCUCUGCUUCACACGCGUCUUCACCUCCAUCAGUAUUCCGUACCGUGUUGUUAUAAUACCCAUGAAGAAGCUGAGCAUUGCCAUGGCAACAGUUGACCCUUGGGUGUGCGUGUCAGGAGAACUGGGCGAUUCAGGAGUUCGACAGAUCCCAAAGAAUACACAAGAGAUUUAUUUCCAGAGCAAGAACCUGGGCCGGCUGAGCACUCUGCAGCUGGGACAGGAGAACUCUGGCCUGCUGGCCAAGUGUCUGAUUGACUGUGUGAUGGUGUAUAAUGAGAUCACCGGACACACCUACAAGUUCCCAUGCGGCCGCUGGCUGGGGAAAGGCGUGGGCGACGGCAGCUUGGAAAGAGUUCUCAUUGGUCAGCUGGUGUCACCUGGUGGAGAGGAGGAUGCUGGACGGUGGACAGGGACGCCUCCGGAGCUGGCCUCUCCAUCUCAGUGUGCGCGGGCGGUGCUGGGAGCGCUUGGCAGCCGAAGCAGAAUGCUGUCUGUUGAAGUACAAGAGGACAUGAGGGAGGCAGCAAAUAACCUCGUUAAACACUUCCACAAACCCGAACAAGAGAGGGGAAACGUGACGGUGCUGUUAUGUGGAGAAGGAGGUCUGGUGCUCUCCUUGGAGAACUUCCUCCUGCACGGGCUCAAACCCAACCGUCUGUUCCAGAGGAACGUGUUCGUUUGGGACUUCGUGGAGAAGGCAGUGGUUUCCAUGGACACGGCUGAUCAGAUGGGUGACCUGCACGGAGCAACACUGACAAAGGGUCCACCUUGUGACUCGCUGUGCCGCUACGUCAACGCUAUCAACGCCUCGCCACGAAACAUCGGAAAAGAGGGCAAGUUCCAGUUGUUGGUCUGCUUGGGAAUCAGGGACCGGCUCCUCUCUCAGUGGCUCCCCCUGCUGGCAGACUGUUCCCUGACAGCGAGGACGUACGAGGACGGUGCGCUGCUGCGGGACCGAGCUGCCGUACACUCCCUCUCCCGCAUCCUGCACACGCUCAACGGGUUCACCGUCACCCUGGAGACGGCCCUGGUCAAAGGAGUUGACCUCUGACCCUGACAGAUAAGCCCCUGCUCUGUAACCGACUGCAGGAAUGCAGAUGGGUUCAAAUAUUCAUCUCUCCAUCGGUGGGAAAAGGAAGUACAUUCAGACACUUGAGAAAUGUGACUUUAUCCUAAAAGAAGACGGUGGACUAGAUGAGGUCACUGGCAUCUCCAGCUCCAAACAUAUUGCCUUGUUCACUGAUGUAAAUGUCUUAUAUAUAUAUAUUUACUGGAUUUGCUUCAGGAAAUAGUCAGAUUUUUCCUCUGCUUGUUUACACUGUGAAAUUCUGUUUCCUCAAAGAGAAAUAGAGUCAUUCCUUAUCCCACAUCUCCAGUAGAUAUGUUCACAGCUCACACCAUUAACUGAACCCUGAACUCUCCUUCUACUGCUGUAUUGCUUGCACUUGAACUUUAAACGAAGCACAUGCAUGGCCAAAAUCUGUUUGUUUGUUUUCUGUCUUGGCGUGUUGUGAUCUGAAACAUCAGGACUCAGGCCUUAUUAUAGAAAGACUUCAUUCAUUGGAUAUCUUAGUAAAUGUACUCCAGAAAGAUAAUGUUCCCGCUCUAUACUAUGUUAUCAAUGUUAUAUUAUGCUCUUGUUCUACUGCAUCACAUCCUGCCUGUUUCUCAUUGUUUACUUCAGUUUGGAUCACAUACUGAAAUCCUCCGUUGGUGAAACACUGAAACCAAACUCGUGUCCUAACCGUGUCACAAAGCUUUCCUCUCUCUCUCUCUCUCUCGUUGUAAAUAUUUAGCUUCAUUAGACCUUUGAUAGAUUGUGCUCAUUUGUUAUUAUGGUGUAAUGAAUUUGUGGCAUAAUUUUUCUGUAUAAAGGCAUCUUGUUUGUGUCUGUGUAAAACAAUAGAUUCCACUACGGACACACUUUACUGAUGAUGUGGAUACUAGUCACGCUGUUUGUUUCUAAGGUGUCGUCUCCAGACAACGAACAGAGCACAGUUUCUUAAAAACGAUAAGUAUUAUGUUGACGUCACGUUUAAGUUAACAGUUGAAGAAUUACGAAGACGCCGUCUCCUGCACUGUCCUGCAAGCACUAUGUAACCCGAUGACCAAGCCUCUAUUAUACUUUAAAUACAGAUUAAAGAAAGCAAUAAUGAAUUGUUAUUUAUGAAAUGUGUUGUCAAAGAUUAAAGUUAAUAUUGACAUAA